AUGAGUGAAGCUAAAAUUUUACAAAGAGAUGCUUCUGCUUCCAAAUCUCAUAAAAAUAAAUUAUUAAAAGAAAAAAAUGUAAAAGAAGAAGCUAAUAGUAGCCCCGUAGAGCCAAUCGAAACUGAUGCAAUGCUUGAAAAACGUGACGAAAAUCGAUUGGCCAAUGCUAUAUUAAAUGCUUCUAAAGGGGAAAAUGAAUUUCUUCCUCCCCAGCUACAAGCUAAUGGGUCUAGUGGUGGUAGAAACACUGCUUGUGUUGAGGUUAGAGCACGCUCUUCUAGUCCACGGAGGAUUCCAUUAUUUGAGAGAGCUUCAGCUAGAUGGUGGAAUCCCCAAUUUGCUUCACCUACAUUAGAAACUCAAUAUUGGAAAUGUUCUUUCCCUUUACUGAGAGAUCGAUUCCGUUCAGGACUUUUAUAUAUUCUUAUUUGUUGUUUAAGUUGGUUACUAUUUCUUUGGAUAUUCAAUCAAACACAGCUUUUUCAUUGGUUAAUCGCCUCCCUCCUUUGUCUCCUUUUUGGUUUAAUGUUGUGGUUUGCUUCAUGUUCACCCCAUUAUCGCCGUUUUUAUCUCCCAACUUCAUUUUUGUGUACCUUUCUUUUGUGUCUAACAACUUUGUUUAUUUGUUCAAGUGCCGAAACUUUUAUGGGGCCAAUAGCUAGUAUGGCUACUUCUAUGCAGGCAUUCUUUAAAUAUUUUUUUAUAAUUUUAAAAAUCUUUCUAGGUUAUUCUACUCGUUUAUGCAGUCAUUCCAUUCCCCUUAUAUCUUUUUUAUUGUUAGGUGUUGUUCAUUUUCGAACUGGAACAAAAACAGCAAUUCAUUUAUGUAUUCAUUUACUUGGAAUACACCUUUAUAUACUCACACAAGUUAGACAACGCAAAACAUUUCUCAAAGUUGGGCAAUCAUUAUUGGCAAGGAAAGAUUUGGAAUUGGAAACACAAUUUAAAGAUCAUAUGAUUCAGUCUGUUAUGCCUAAGAAGGUAGCUGAUGAAUUGUUAAAAGAAACAAGUGAAUUACGUCGUCCAUCUGCUUCGUUAGAAUCCCAUUCAAAUUGCCGAACUUCAAAUGCAACAGUUGGUGGAGGUGGGCGUUCUAGUGCAGCUGGGGAAUCUACAAGUGGAGGAGGUCUUAUGCCUGGACCAAAUGGAAGGUUAUCUUCAUCUGGGGGCGGUGUUCGCAAAUUCCGCCCUUUCACAAUGAAUUUAAUGAGUGAUGUUUCAAUACUUUUUGCUGACAUUGCAGGCUUCACAAAAAUGGCCUCGAAUAAAUCAGCCGAUGAAUUAGUCAAUUUACUAAAUGAUUUAUUUGGCCGUUUUGAUUAUUUGUGUGGGAGGUGUUGUUUGGAAAAGAUUAGCACACUUGGAGAUUGUUAUUAUUGUGUUGCUGGUUGCCCAGAGCCUAGGGCAGAUCAUGCCAAAUGUUGUGUUGAAAUGGGGUUGGCAAUGAUUAUAGCUAUUAGACAAUUUGAUUUGGAUAGAGGACAGGCAGUUAAUAUGAGGGUUGGAAUACAUACUGGAAAGGUAAUGUGUGGAAUGGUUGGCACUCGCCGUUUCAAAUUCGAUGUAUUUUCCAACGAUGUAACCCUUGCUAACGAAAUGGAAUCUACUGGGGUUGCUGGCAGAGUUCAUAUCAGUGAAAAAACUGCUGACUAUUUGGAUGAUGCUUAUAUUUUAGAAGAAGGUGCUCCCCAUAAGGAAAUGAAAACUUUUUUUAUUGCUGGCCGCUCUAAAGAAUUUGAGUCGGCUAGUGGACAGUUUCUAAACACAAUAUCUGGUGAUUCUGAUUCUGCGAGAGGUGAUGGGGGACUUGCUAGUUUAGAGAGUGGGGCUGGUGUUUACAAAGCUAGCUUUAGAAAGAAAUUAGUUGACAAACUACGCACAAUACAAACAAAUUCCUUACCACCAGUUUCCCGUGCAGGCACCACCACCACAACAACUAGCCAACAAUUAAUUGGAGGAAGUAAUAUAACCCCAUUCCACGCAUUUGGAGGUGGAGGUUCUCUUCGUAUGCGUUUAUUAGAUCGUUCAAUAGAAAAUCAGAAUCAACAAUUUUUAAAUAAAGAAGAAAAAGAUAUCAAUAAAUUUCUUUCGAGUAACGCUACUGGGUCAGCACAAGUAUUGACUAGUAUUGGGGAAUCUUCGACAGACGAAAGUAUUGGGGCUUUGGGGAAACAGAAAAUGCAUAAACAACAACAAAUGCAGGUGUAA